AUGAUACGUAAUGGCCUUGCUGUCAAUGGCCUCAUAAACCUGUUGGAUAGGGGCGCCGAGAGGCCCUUACCGAAGUGGGCGCCAAGAGGCGCCCUGCCCUUACCGAAGUGGGCGCCAAGAGGCGCCCUGCCCUUACCGAAGUGGGCGCCAAGAGGCGCCCUGCCCUUACCGAAGUGGGCGCCAAGAGGCGCCCUGCCCUUACCGAAGUGGGCGCCAAGAGGCGCCCUGCCCUUACCGAAGUGGGCGCCAAGAGGCGCCCUGCCCUUACCGAAGUGGGCGCCAAGAGGCGCCCUGCCCUUACCGAAGUGGGCGCCUCUUGUGGGCGCCAAGAGGCGCCCUGCCCUUCCGGAAGUGGGCGCCAAGAGGCGCCCUGCCCUUACGGAAGUGGGCGCCAAGAGGCGCCCUGCCCUUACGGAAGUGGGCGCCAAGAGGCGCCCUGCCCUUACGGAAGUGGGCGCCAAGAGGCGCCCUGCCCUUACGGAAGUGGGCGCCAAGAGGCGCCCUGCCCUUACGGAAGUGGGCGCCAAGAGGCGCCCUGCCCUUACGGAAGUGGGCGCCAAGAGGCGCCCUGCCCUUACGGAAGUGGGCGCCAAGAGGCGCCCUGCCCUUACGGAAGUGGGCGCCAAGAGGCGCCCUGCCCUUACGGAAGUGGGCGCCAAGAGGCGCCCUGCCCUUACGGAAGUGGGCGCCAAGAGGCGCCCUGCCCUUACGGAAGUGGGCGCCAAGAGGCGCCCUGCCCUUACGGAAGUGGGCGCCAAGAGGCGCCCUGCCCUUACGGAAGUGGGCGCCAAGAGGCGCCCUGCCCUUACGGAAGUGGGCGCCAAGAGGCGCCCUGCCCUUACGGAAGUGGGCGCCAAGAGGCGCCCUGCCCUUACGGAAGUGGGCGCCAAGAGGCGCCCUGCCCUUACGGAAGUGGGCGCCAAGAGGCGCCCUGCCCUUACGGAAGUGGGCGCCAAGAGGCGCCCUGCCCUUACGGAAGUGGGCGCCAAGAGGCGCCCUGCCCUUACGGAAGUGGGCGCCAAGAGGCGCCCUGCCCUUACGGAAGUGGGCGCCAAGAGGCGCCCUGCCCUUACGGAAGUGGGCGCCUCCGGAAGUGGGCGCCAAGACGCGCCCUGCCCUUACGGAAGUGGGCGCCAAGAGGCGCCCUGCCCUUACGGAAAUUUGCCUGUAUCCAACGCCUAA